AUGCAGGCCUACCUGCAAGAGGCGGAGCAGUUCAAGGACACUGACAAGACCACCGCGAUCUUCAUCGGCAAGAUCAGGGGCCUCGCCUUCCAGAUCGAGGACGUCGUCGACGAGUUCAACUACAAGCUGGAGGACUGCAAGCACGGCAGGUUCACAGGCAAGAUGAAGAAGCGGCUCAAGCAUAUCAAGACCUGGCGCCGCCUGGCAGCCAAGCUCCAAGAAAUCGAAGCCCAGCUGCAGGAUGCCAAUCGAAGGAAGAAGGAUUAUGCCGUCACCGGCAGAUCUGCUUCUGCUGCUAGAUCGACAAGAGAAGGUCAAGCUUUGCACUUCACCAGGGAUGAGGACCUUGUUAGGAUCGAAGAACACAAGGAGGGGUUGAUACAGUGGCUGAAUGGAGGUGGUGAUGAUCCGGAGCGGAGCAGCAGCAAAGUCACCAUGGUGUGGGGGAUGCCUGGUGUUGGUAAAACCACUCUCGUUGAUCAUGUGUACAACACCGUGAAAGCGGAUUUCGACGGUGCGGCGUGCGUAACUGUGUCGGGGAGUUACCGUAUUGAGAAUCUACUAAAGAAGAUUGCCGCCCAGUUCAACAUCACAGUCGAUGUCACCACUGUUGAGAUGAGAGGCCUAGCAAAAUCCAUCCUUAACUACCUUCAAGGUAAAAAGUACAUCUUGAUACUGGAUGGUGUUUGGGAUGAGCACUUGUGGUCGGAGAUAAGGGAUGUCUUCCCAACAUCUAAUUGUACCGGCCGAUUUGUUAUCACAUCAAGAAAGCAGGUUGUGUUGGCAACUAGGGAGUCUGCAUAUGCAAUUCACUUGGAACUGCUACAAGAACAUUACUCCUGGCUGUUAUUUACCAAUGAAGCCUUUGGGAAUGCUGAUGACAAAGAGUGCCCGUUGGAGCUGCAGGAAUUGGCUCGGAAGUUCAUAGCAAAGUGUCAAGGCUUGCCUAUUUCUAUUAGAUGCAUUGGCCGCCUACUCUCCCUGAAACCCCCAAUUUCCGCUGAAUGGGAGGAUGUGUACAGGGGUUUGGAUUUACAGAUGGCGAAAGAUGUGAUCCCUGAUGCUCAUAUGAUCCUAAAGGUCAGCUUGGAGGCCCUUCCAUACAAUCUGAAGAAUUGUUUCAUACAUUGUGCAUUGUUCCCAGAUGAUUAUGUAUUAAAGAGGAUGAAGAUGAUCAGGCAGUGGAUCGCGGCGGGGUUUAUCUGGGAAAAAGAUGAUAGCAAAACAUUGGAGGAAGUGCCAGAGGGAUACUUGGUUUAG